AUGACAGCAGAGAGUAUUGAGCAGGCUCUAGUAGUUCAGAGAAGGCAUCUUGUCACAUGGACAUCCAGAGUAUUUGGUGCUGCUAUACUGCUGACAUCCUCCCUCAACAUGUUAAUACCGUCUGCAGCCAGGGUGCACUAUGGGUGUGUCAUCUUUGUUAGGAUCUUGCAGGGCCUUGUAGAGGGGGUCACCUACCCUGCCUGCCACGGUAUUUGGAGCAAGUGGGCCCCCCCAUUAGAAAGAAGUAGGUUAGCAACCACUUCCUUCUGUGGUUCCUAUGCAGGAGCUGUUAUUGCAAUGCCUUUAGCUGGAAUUCUAGUGCAAUACACUGGGUGGUCUUCUGUGUUCUAUGUGUAUGGGAGCUUUGGUAUAGUCUGGUACAUGUUUUGGCUUUUGGUUUCAUAUGAGAGUCCUGCAAAGCAUCCUACGAUCACAGAUGAAGAAAGGAGAUACAUAGAAGAAAGCAUUGGAGAGAGUGCCAACCUCCUAGGUGCAAUGGAAAAAUACAAAACUCCAUGGAGGAAAUUUUUUACAUCUAUGCCAGUCUAUGCAAUAAUUGUUGCAAACUUCUGUAGAAGCUGGACUUUUUACUUGCUGCUUAUUAGUCAGCCUGCUUACUUUGAGGAAGUGUUUGGAUUUGAAAUAAGCAAGGUGGGUAUCUUAUCUGCUGUGCCGCAUUUAGUGAUGACAAUUAUUGUUCCUAUUGGGGGACAAAUUGCAGACUUUUUAAGAAGCAGGCAGAUUCUUUCAACCACUACUGUGAGAAAGAUAAUGAACUGUGGAGGUUUUGGUAUGGAAGCAACUCUUCUUCUCGUGGUGGGAUAUUCUCACAGUAAAGGAGUGGCUAUUUCAUUCUUAGUGCUUGCUGUAGGCUUUAGUGGAUUUGCCAUAUCUGGAUUCAAUGUCAACCAUUUAGACAUUGCCCCAAGGUAUGCCAGCAUUUUAAUGGGGAUUUCUAAUGGAGUCGGGACCUUGUCUGGAAUGGUUUGCCCUAUAAUUGUCGGAGCAAUGACAAAGAACAAGACACGUGAAGAGUGGCAGUAUGUCUUCCUCAUUGCUGCUUUAGUUCAUUAUGGAGGUGUUAUAUUCUAUGGCAUAUUUGCUUCAGGAGAGAAACAACCCUGGGCAGACCCUGAACAGACAAGUGAAGAGAAAUGUGGCUUUAUUCAUGAAGAUGAACUUGCUGAAGAGACAGGGGACAUUACUCAGAAUUAUGUAAAUUAUGGUACCACCAAGUCUUAUGGUGCUACAACCCAGGUCAACGGCGGCUGGCCUAAUGGUUGGGAGAAAAAAGAGGAAUUUGUACAAGAGGAAGUACAAGACUCAUACAACUACAAGGAAGGAGAUUAUUCAUAACAAACCUAAAUAUUGGGUAUAUUUUGUAGUGUUUGUGAUUAAAUUCAUUGUGAUUGUUUGCACACAGAAAUAAAAUGUGGUAUAAACAUGUAAACACAUAUCAAACAGGAAGGUCUUACUGUAAAAAAAAUCCAUUAAAGUGCAAUCUGUAUGAGUUGUGACAUGUCAUCACUUUCAUUAGGUUAUAUUUGUUCUAUAAACAUUAGAGUUUUAAGGGUUUACUGGUCAAAACUAUAGAGGCAAUUAGAUACUUACAGUAUACAAGAGCUAAAACUCGUAACUAAGGAUUAAAGCACAACUAAGCAACCAAGUUGACACAUCUAAUGCUCUUUUUAGCAAGCCAAAAUUACUUGACCAUUAAAAAUGCACUUACAUAUUUGUUACACUGUAUUGAAAGAGAUUGUGUUAAAUACACACGUUUACUCAGUGCAAUGUAGGAAUUGUGUGUUUAGUCUAAGACAAGACCUUUCUUAAAGAAGAAAGGUUGAGUCCUAGGCAUUUACAGAGGAUUGAUCCAGUUCCUUUCAUGGUAAUUGUAUCAAGCCUAAAGAACAAAUAGGGCAUAUUGUAUGUUUAUUGUGAUUACAUGCUGCAGGCUACUCUGUGAUGAAUAAAGGAAUUAUUUAGGAGUUUUAUACUGAAUGUUCGGGCACAAAUUUUUAUUUCUAUUCUUUACAGAAUCUUAUGAAAUUAUAGGCAUUGUCAUGUUCCUCCCUGUAUUUAUCAACUAAUAUAAAAACAAUAUAUAAUGUUAAGUCUGACUUUUCAUGCAGACUGUCAAAUCCCUUUAUCAAAAAACAAGCUUUAUUAUUCUUUUCUUUGCAGUAUACUCCAACUUUGUACUGGUGUCUUUAGAGAGAGAGAAAAAAACAAUAUAACCUAGAAAAAGAUAUAGUCUUCUACAAAAUUCCAAAGAGAAAUUUACUAUGAGCAAGUAGCCCUAUGAAAAAGGAUGUAUUUGUUUUGCAGAAUAUUUUGAAUCCAAUAGAAGAAACAGAGAAUAAUUUAACCCUUAUUCUUCCCUUAAUAGCUUUCAUAUUUUUACACAUCGUGCCACAGUUGUAUACAUAGAUAUAAGUUUAUUGAAGAUACUGUAAUUAUAGAAAAUGUUCCUAUUUUAGAAAUCCCUGAAAUAAAAA